UGUUGGCUGGGUUUGUGCAGAUUAAACACUUCCUGACAUUUUACUGCAAUGGUACUGCUGUGUGACGACCUGAAAGUUGUAUUAGUUGCAUAAACCUGGGAGUCCUGAAGUGAACCACAUGAAUCCUAAAGCACUUGUUCGAUGUUCAUCUGGGUCGGCUCCGAUUACGCGGAGUCCCUGUUAAAACUCCUUGCAGCCGAUAUGAAGAGAAAGCCUAUUGUUUUGGGUCCACCCAUCUGUGGGGGUGGUUCCGCUGCGAAAGUUAGCAAAGUUUUCAAGCUGUCACUGGCGAGAGGCGGAUGGAGGCACAGGCGUUUUUAAGCAAAGGCGAAGGCCGACCAACAGCAAGCCUAGCACGGGGAAUACAUAAACAGCAGCAGAUAACGAUGAGGCUUGAAUUGCAGAAAGUAGUUUAAGUGCGCGCUCGAAUGCUGGGGGCCACGAUGAAGCUCAUUUGAAUGAUCAUUUGGCACCGUGUAAACUGUGUCAUGUAAACUUGAUCUUUCUGUGCUGGCAAAAUGACCCGUUUGGACUGCAGGCUUCACAUCGCACAUGGAGCUUCUCCCAUCCACUUUUUCAUGGUACUUGUGACCGUGCUGGACAACUGCAAGUCUGGGCUGGGACUACAACGACAACCAGAGAGAUUCCUCCAGGACCUUCCUCCGUAUGAAGUGGUUCACCCCACUAGAGUGAGUGUCACAGGUCACUUCCUGUCCAACUUCCUGUCUCAUCGUGCUCGCCGCAUACAGCGUCGCCAUGUCUCAGGGGAGUCCAUGGACCAGGAGCGAGUCUUCUAUCAAUUGUGGCAUGCUGGCCACAGUUUACACUUUAACUUGACUCUCAACCCACAUCUGCUGGCUCCGGGCUUCUUGACAGAGCGUCGGUACGGCGGCCUCAAAGGAGGAAAGAUCCGCCCCCCUGGAUUUGCUCGGUGCCAUUUCCUGGGGGAAGUGUCGGAUGGAUCGGCUGUCAAAGGGAGUGCAGCGAUAAGCACCUGUGAUGGACUGACAGGACUGUUCAAAUUGUCAAAUGAAGAGUUCUUCAUCCAGCCUCUGGAAAAGCCACAUGAUGAGCCCUCGGCACUUCAGGCCCAUGCCAUCUUUAAACGCCAUGCUUCCGUCCCGUCAUCCUGGAGUCCACUUUUAAAGCCCAUCUCAGGGAAACAAGCAGUUAAUGGUUCCUGUGGAGUCAAAAAUUCGCAUCACAGUUUGGAAGCGAUUGAGAGAAAGCGGGAAUACUGGGAGCAGCGCCAGGACAGAAAGAAGAGAAGGAUCCAUCGGCGCUCCAUCAGCAAAGAGAAGUGGGUGGAAACACUGGUGGUGGCUGACCCAAAAAUGGUGGAAUACCACGGCAGCAAAGGUGUCGAAAGCUACAUUCUUGCUGUAAUGAACAUUGUAGCAGGUCUUUUUCAAGAUCCGAGUAUUGGAAACGCCAUCAACAUUGUUGUGGUUCGACUUAUCUUACUGGAGCAGGAUGAGGUCGACUUAAAGAUUACUCACCAUGCCGACAACAGCCUGAGUAGCUUUUGCAAGUGGCAGAAACGACUCAACAUGAAGGGAGACGAUCAUCCUCUGCACCACGAUGUAGCCGUUCUGCUCACCAGGAAGGACAUCUGUGCAUCCAUCAACAUGCCGUGUGAAACGCUGGGUUUGUCCCAUGUGGUAGGGAUGUGUCAAUCACAUCGCAGCUGCAGUAUUAGUGAGGACACCGGCCUGCCGCUAGCCUUCACUGUUGCACAUGAGCUGGGUCACAAUUUUGGGAUUCAGCAUGAUGGCAACGGUAACGACUGUGAACCCAUUGGGAAAAAACCUUUCAUCAUGUCCCCGCAGUUGCUAUAUGGGACCUUGCUGCCCAAGUGGUCCAGAUGCAGCCGGCAGUAUAUUACACGCUUCCUUGACCGUGGCUGGGGUUGGUGUCUUGAUGAUGCCCCCGCGAAGGAUACCGUUUCCCAAAGCUUGCUGCUUCCUGGGGUUCUGUACAGUGCUGCCCAUCAAUGCCGUUUGCAGUAUGGAUCUGGAUCCCUGCUAUGCGAUGACAUGGAUAAUGUGUGCAGCACGCUGUGGUGUACUGUAGGAGCAACAUGCCACUCCAAGCUCGACGGUGCUGUGGAUGGAACCACUUGUGGCCAAGACAAGUGGUGUUUCAGUGGGCAGUGUGUCGCAGCUGGGCAUUACCCAGACAGUGUCAACGGGGCCUGGGGUACGUGGAGUGAGUGGUCGCCCUGUUCAAGAUCAUGUGGGGCAGGAGUUGAGAGUGCACAGCGGGACUGUGAUGACCCAGUUCCCAGGAACAGAGGGAAGUACUGCCUGGGAGAAAGACAGCGGUAUCGCAUCUGUAACACAACACCGUGUCCAAACAACGUGCCCACUUUUAGAGAUAUCCAGUGCAGUCAGUUCAACAGUGCACUCUACAAGGGCAAAUUCUAUAAGUGGGUUUCGGUCAUAAGCAGAGUCAGUCCUUGUGAACUCCACUGCCGUCCACUGGAUGAACACUUCUCCGAAAAGAUGCUCGAUGCCGUCACUGAUGGCACCCCGUGCUUUGAAGGCAACAAAAGCCGAGACAUGUGCAUCAAUGGCAUCUGUAAGGAUGUUGGCUGCGACUACGUGAUUGAGUCAAAUGCAGUGGAGGAUCGAUGCGGCGUGUGUCUUGGUAACGGCUCCACCUGUGCAACUGUGAGGAAAACAUUUGAGGAGAGUGAAGGACUGGGUUAUGUGGACAUUGGACUGAUUCCGGAAGGAUCAUGGGACAUUCGGAUUGAGGAGAUGGCCGAAGCUGGAAAUUUCCUAGCGCUCAGAGGUGACGGCCCCAACAAGUAUUAUCUCAAUGGCGGCUGGACUAUUCAAUGGAAUGGCGAGUACAAGGCAGCUGGGGCUGUAUUUACGUAUGAACGAACAGGACAUCGAGAGAACCUAACCUCACCUGGGCCCACCAUGGAACCACUGUGGAUUCAGCUCCUCUUUCAAGAGACCAAUCCAGGAGUGCGCUAUGAGUACACAAUCAGUCAAAAUGUUUCUGAGGAUAAUAACGGUUCGGCCUCAGUUUUCUUCUGGAAGUGUGGAUCAUGGACUGAAUGUAGUGCCACCUGUGGAACAGGUGUUCAGAGGCAGAUUUUUCACUGCGUGGAAAGAACUAAUGGAAUAGUGGAUGAGUCAUUUUGUGAUCCUUUCACCCGUCCUGAUGACAACCAAACCACCUGCAACAAGGAGCCUUGUCCAGCCAUAUGGUGGGUGGGUGAGUGGCAGAAAUGCUCAGCAAGCUGCGGGAGCUCUGGCGUGGCUAAAAGGACAGUGAUGUGCAUCCAAGCCAUCAGCGUGGAUGAUCAGAAAGCCUUACCGCCCAGUCAAUGUGAAUCCAUCCCAAAACCUGAGUCCGUUUUGUCCUGUAACACAGACAUCCCAUGCCCGGCAGAUUGGACCAUUGGCAGUUGGUCAAAGUGUUCACUAACGUGUGGAAGGGGAGUACGUCAGCGUAACGUGACCUGUUCCAGAAACACUGGCGUGGACUGUGACCUGCAAAAGAAGCCCCUCUCUCUGAGUGCCUGUUCAAUCCAAGACUGUCCUCAAGUUGUGGACAAUUUUGGUGAUAUUGACUGGUCCGGAAGUGGAUGGACAAGCGAAGAAGUGUUGAAUGAAAUUAACCUCAUACCUGCGGCCAAACUACCUCCGAAGUACAGUUCCACCAAAGUUCAAUCAAAAAAGAGUGAUCCAAAUGACGUGAAUAACAUCUUUGAAGACUUCCAUUAUCAUAAUAAAAUAGAAGGUGAAGACAAUACUCCCAAAGUGGAUGACUUUUACUAUGACUACAACUUCAUCAACUUUCAUGAAGAUUUAUCAGAUGAGAAUGCUGGAAUAGAUUCAGGGAACAAUCAGGAUCAAGAUUUUCUGCAUGAGGAAGAGCCAACUGGCAGUGUGAGGACCACAACUCUUUCUUUGAAACCUGCAGAACCAGAAAACAUUACUAAAGACACCCUGGAGAACAUUGGAAACCCUGGAAAAGGAAAACCUUCUGGAAAUUUUGAUGACUACCUUGCUGAGGAUUAUCUUCUGCCUGUUCCCACCACUCGGUCACCUCCAGAACAUUCUUCGCAGAAAAAUGGGUACGAUGAGCUCCUUUGGAAUGAAAACAAUAAUGCGAGUUCCCCUUUGAAUGACACUACCGGAGAGCCUACAAAGAGUAAAAAUGUGGGGCAAGCUGCAGACGAGGCUGAAAAUAACCACAAUUUCACAGGGGAGGAAAAUCACACUGGGGAAUUCACUCCAUCAGAUGCUGGUUCAAAGCCUGGAAUUCAAGCUGAGGAACAUCACACUGUCACACUGACAGUGAAACCCCGAAAAGAAGAUGGCUUAAAAUUGCACCAAACUUCCACGAUGUCUCAAUUCGCUACGCCUAAGACUUUAAGGUCUUCAGUGCCAGGAACUGUUGGAGCUUCAGAGUUAUAUCUUACUCCAAGUACCAAUGAAUCAACGACAUUUUCACCUGAUGUUCAUCUGGAAAAUUUGCACCCGACCCAUCUCACCACAGAAUUGGUUGCCAUUCAAGAUAAUUCUGAAAGAGGCGUCAGUACGAACUCACUGCCUCCGUCUGACAGUUCCACUCUUCUCCUUACCCCAGAUUUUGUCAUGUCAGGUAAUCAAAGUGACCCUGAUGAUACCAUAUUGUCUGCCGGAACACAGUUGCAGCCGCCUACGAACCGGGAAGGAUACAGUCAGCCUCCCCCAGAUGAUUUCCAGCCAGCAACAACGGAACAGAGUCUCACGAAAGCUUCUACUGAAUGGACUGCAGCAGAUUCCUCUUAUACAUCAUCAUUUCCGUUUGAUGACCACGACUACGAUCAAAUCCUAAUUCCCCCGAUCAUAAGAUCAGGUAUUGCGAGUGACCCAGACUCUUCAUACAAUCCCCCACCGUUGAACACCGCAUCCACCGAAGCCAUUACCACACAAAAAACGACGACGAGUAUCUCUCCAAGCCAGCAUUCUUUUCUUUGGCCACCCCCUCAGACAAUAUCAGAACAAACGCCAGCCGCCACACAAGCGGCAGCCUUUUGGGUCACUGGCAACUGGAGCUCUUGCUCCACAAGCUGUGGUCUGGGUGCCAUCUGGAGGAUUUUGACAUGCAGUACUGGCUCCGAGACUGAUUGUGACCCAGUCAAGAGACCCACACCUGCCCAGCGUUGUUAUCUGCGCCCCUGCUCCAUGUGGAAAGUUGGGGAAUGGACUAAGUGCUCCAGGAAUUGUGGGGGUGGUAUAAAAUCUCGAGAAGUCCAGUGUUUCGACAUGCGGGAUCAGAGACCUCUACGACCUUUCCACUGUCGAGCAAUGUCCUCCAGGCCACAAAGCCAAAUGACCUGUAAUCUUCAACCAUGCCUUGACUGGUACACUUCUUCCUGGGGACAGUGUUCGGAGGUUUGUGGAGGUGGAGGACAGCAACGACUUGUCACGUGUCCAGAGGAGGACCUUUGUGACACUGGCCUGAAGCCCAACAACAUUCAGCCCUGUAAUACUCAGCCUUGUACUCAGUGGCUAACUGGAUCCUGGGGACAGUGCUCAGCGUCCUGUGGCAGUGGAGUGCAGCGGCGACUCAUCAAGUGUGUGAACACAAAAUCUGAAACAGAAGAAGAGAUGGUUCCAUCUCAGUGUGACCAUGAGGUUCAACCGAGGAGCACACAGAAGUGUCACUUGGAUGAGUGUCACAAGGAUCCUCCCGGAGAAGUUUGUCUCCGCGAUCGUCUCACAUCCCGCUUCUGUCAGACUCUGCAGUGGUUGGGCCGUUGCCAAUUGCCAAACGUGCGAGCGCAGUGCUGCAAAACCUGCAAGCGACAGCCAGGCCGGACCAGCAGCAUCAGUCACCACUGAGUCACGAGCAAAGCAACCACUCAUUGAUGAAAUGUGGAUUUUUGUCACCCCAAUAGACUGCCGGUUUAACUCCACUGUUCAGUAACGGAGGGAAUGUAAAUAUUUAGGUUGACUUUGUUGAUAAUAUAUUGCCCAGAAUGGCAAAACUGUCACUGACAAAAGGCUACAGAAGAUGGCGCUCUCCCAUCAAUGUAGCCAGCUUAGAAUAUA